UCUCGUCUCUCAUCACAAUACUCAUCUCAGCUUUUUAAAAUCACCUCAAAAAAGCAAUUAAAAUCUCAAUUCGAAUUUGAAAUUUUCUCAGCUUUAUUUAAUAUUCUCGCUAGUCGAUCAAGAGUAACAAUGGCGGAAGAGUACAAGAACGCUUCGGAGGAGUUCAAGAACGUUCCGGAACACGAGACCACCCCAAAGAUCUCCACCACGGAGGAACCAUCGGCAGAGGUUAAGGAUCGAGGAUUUUUCGAUUUCUUGGGGAAGAAGAAAGAGGAAGUGAAACCUCAAGAGACGACGACGCCACUCGAGUCUGAGUUCGAGCACAAGGCUCAGAUCUCGGAACCGCCGGCGUUUGUGGCGAAGCACGAAGAAGAGCAAGAGACGAAGGAGAAUAAGCCUACUCUCGUCGAGCAGCUUCACCAGAAACACGUGGAGGAAGAAGAGAACAAACCCAGUCUCUUUGACAAGCUUCACCGAUCCAGCAGCUCUUCUUCCUCUUCAAGCGAUGAAGAAGGUGAGGACGGUGAGAAGAGGAAGAAGAAGAAGGAGAAGAAGAAGACUGUCGAAGGAGAGGAUAAAACAGAGGAAGAGAAUAAAGGAGUAAUGGACAAGAUCAAGGAGAAGUUUCCACACGCAAAGAAAACAGAGGAUGAUCAUGCACCAGUCGUCACCGGCGUCCCAGAGACGGAGAAGAUAGGAAUGACCGAGAAGAUAAAGGAGAAGCUUCCAGGCCACGGCAAGAAACCUGAGGAUUCACCAGUCGUCGACACCGCGCCGGUGGUUGAGACAGCGACGCCAAUUACGGCGGAGCAUUCGGCAGAGCAUCCUGCGGAAAAGAAGGGAUUUUUGGAAAAGAUCAAAGAAAAGCUUCCAGGUCAUCACGCCAAGGGCACUGAAGAGAUGGAGAAGAAAGAAAAAGAGUCUGAUGCUUAAAGAAUGAUGAAAGAAUAUAAUGAUGAUGUUGAAGUGGGACAUCAAUUUGCUGUGUUUCUGUGAUGAUAUUAUUACUUUUCUUUGUUUAUCUUUGAAGCUGUUCUGUAUGAAUUGUGUCUUUCGUUGAUUUGCAUUUGCACCUUUAUAUUGUAAUCUCAUUUUCUCAUUUAUAAAUUUGCCUUUGGUUUCUAAGUAA